AUGAACUCGCUAAAAUUCAUAUUCGCAAUUCUCACAAUUGCUGGAUGCUGGCGACCGUUUUCGUGGACUUCGCUGAUCAAACAUGCAUUAUAUGACGCCUAUACAUUAUUAGUAAUUAGUAUCAUGUACAGCUUUACAUUCUCACAAUUUAUGGAUGUUGUCCUGAACGUUAAUAAUCCAGAUGAUUUUACUAAUACUCUAUACACAAUGUUGACUAUGUUCGCUGCAGACUAUAAAAUACUCAAUCUGUUUCUGAAUCACGAGAGUUUCGCGGAGUUAAUACAAAAUCUUACGGAAGGAACAUUUAAACCAUUGCUACUUGUUGAAAUUGAAAUUCAAGGAAAAUUUGACAAGAUAAUACAGUUCAUCGCAAAGUGCUAUACCAUACUGAUUAUGAUUACUUACACAGGCCAUGUUUUGAUAAUGUUACUGACAAGUUUCAAAAAGAGGCAGUUAGCAUUUAGAGGAUGGAUACCAUAUAAUUAUUCGUCAUUCAUAUUAUUUUCUCUUACAUAUGCUCAUCAAUAUGUAGGCGUGAUAUUUGCGUGUCUUGUUAGCGUUGCUUGUGACAGUCUCAUUGUUGGUUUGUUAUUGCAUGUGUGCUGUCAAAUUACGAUCUUACAGUAUCGUUUGAAAAGUCUUAUAAAUGGCCAGAAUACUCUACGUGACUGUGUACUCCAACAUCGUCACAUAAUCGAAUUCGCAUAUGCAACUAAUAAGAGAUUCACGAGGAUGAUUGCGUUUCAAUUCGUAGCAAGUACAUUCGUAGUCUGCUCAAAUUUGUACCAAUUAACUAGAACUAAAUUAAUUGUAGAUUUUAUUGCGUUUUUUGCAUAUACAUUGUGCGUACUUGUACAAAUUUUUAUCUAUUGCUGGUUUGGAAAUAAACUGAAACUCAUGGUAUGCAUACUAAUAUUAUCGAAUUUAAUCAAUUUCAUAAUGCACAUUCUGAAAUUAACACGUACAAUUUGUAUGAUUACUGGAUGCUUCCGACCGCAAUCGUGGACGUCUUUGUUUAAAUGGAUAAUUUACGACAUCUACAGAUUUUACGUAAUUAGCAUGAUGUAUACUUUCACAUUCUCACAAAUAAUGGACAUUGUUAUAAAUGUUGAUAAUCCUAACGACUUCACUAAUAAUUUGAAUAUGAUGUUAAAUAUGUCAGCUUCGUGUUAUAAGUUUUAUAUUGCCUCUUCAAGUUAUAAAAACAUUAUUACAUUAAUUAAUUAUCUUACUGAAGAACCAUUUAAACCAUUAGAUUUGGGUGAAAUAAAAAUUCGACGACAAUAUGAUAAAAUAAUACGAAACAAUACUUUGCGCUACACGAUCAUGAUUACGACAGCAUGGACAUUUAUGACUUUGAUGUCGUUGCUCACUAACUUCAGACACAGAAGAUUAACAUACAGAGGAUGGAUACCGUAUGAUUAUUCGUCUUAUACAAAAUUUUGUUUUACAUAUGGUCAGCAACUAUUAAGCACGUUCCACGGUGCUUCCAUAAAUGUUGCUUGCGAUACUCUCCUGUGCGGAUUCUUAAUGCAUAUAUGUUGUCAGAUUGAGAUCUUGGAGCAUCGCCUAAAAAAACAUUUGUGCAAUCAAUUUAGUCUGAGCUAUUGCAUACGCCACCAUAACCGAAUUUUUGAAUUUGCGCAGAUGGUAAAUACAAGAUUUACACAAAUAAUUGGAUUUCAGCUUAUGGCAAGUACAAUGGUAACAUGUUCUAAUUUGUAUCAACUGACUAAGUCAACUUUAAAUGCAGAUCAUUUUGCGCUAAUAAUGUACACAUGUGCCACGCUAAUACAAAUUUUUGUUUAUUGUUGGUUUGGAAACAAAGUCAAAUUAAAGAGUUUGCAUUUAACAGACAGUAUUUUUCAAAUGGAGUGGUCAGUUGUAGAAAAUAGUAUUAAAAAAGACAUCUUAAUAAUUAUGAAGCGUGCAAUGACACCAAUUGAAAUUACUACUGUAUAUAUUCUGACUAUAAAUUUGGAUUCCUUCGUAGCGGUUUGUGUAAAAAUUGUUUUAAAUGUUGAUAAUCCUUACGACUUUACUAAUAAUUUAAAUAUGCUCUUGACUUCAUCUGCUGCAUGCUAUAAGAUGUUUAUCGUGUGGUUAAAUUAUGAGAAGAUUGCAGCAUUAAUUAAUUGUCUUAUCGAAGAACCAUUCAAACCAUUAAAUUUGGGUGAGAUAAAAAUUCAGCGACAAUACGAUAAAAUAAUACGAAACAACACGUUACGUUAUACGAGCUUGAUCGGAACAACAUGCUCGUUCAUUGCCCUCAUAUCAUUAUUCACUGAUUUUAGACACAAAAGAUUAACAUAUAGAGAAUGGGUACCAUAUAAUUACUCGUCUUACAUGACUUAUUAUUUUACAUACGCUCAGCAAAUGAUAAGUACUUUCCAUUGCGCUAGCGUAAAUGUCGCUUGUGAUACUCUCCUAUGUGGCUUAUUAAUGUAUAUAUGUUGCCAGCUCGAGAUCUUGGAAUAUCGCUUAAAAAAUAUCUCAAAUAAUGAAUUUACUCUGGGUUUUUGCGUACGUCAUCACAAUCGAAUUUUAGAAUUUGCUCAAUUAGUGAAUGUGAGAUUUACAAAAAUAGUCGGAUUUCAGUUUAUGGCAAGUACGAUGGUAAUUUGCUGCAAUUUGUAUCAAUUGACCAGUUCGGCUUUGAGCACAAAUCAUAUUCCAUUAAUUAUGUAUACAUGUUGCAUGUUGACACAAAUAUUUAUUUAUUGCUGGUUUGGAAACAAAGUUAAAUCCAAGAGCCUUCAACUAACGGACAGCAUCUUUCAUAUUGAGUGGCCAAUUUUAGACAAUAGCAUCAAGAAGAGUCUCUUAGUAAUUAUGAAGCGUGUAAUAAUACCCAUUGAAAUUUCUACUGUAUAUAUUCUAACCAUAAAUUUGGAUUCUUUUGUGGCGUUACUUAAAACAUCGUACUCUGUUUACAAUUUAUUAGUACGAGUGCAAGAAUACUAA